AUGUCCGUACGGUUCUUGCUGCAUUCCGCGGCAUUCCUGGCGAUCCUGGCGGCAGCGACACCGGCCGCCUUGCCGGAGCCGGAGCCGGUUCCAGAGCCAGAGGUGAAGCCGAGCGACACGGACGCGCUGACCAUCUUCCGGCACGGCGCGGACGCGCACGGCAUCCUGUCCGCCAACUGGAGCACGGGCGACGCGUGCGCGGGGCGGUGGCUCGGCGUGGGCUGCUCGCCGGACGGCCGCCGCGUCACCUCACUGACGCUGCCGUCACUUGACCUGCGCGGCCCGCUCGACCCGCUCUCCCACCUCGGCGAGCUCCGCGCGCUCGACCUCCGCGGGAACCGCCUCAACGGCACCCUCGACGCGCUCCUCCGCGGCGCGCCGGGGCUCGUCCUCCUCUACCUCUCCCGCAACGACGUGUCCGGGCCCGUCCCCGCCGACGCGCUCGCGCGCCUCACCCGCCUCGUCCGCCUCGACCUCGCCGACAACAGCCUAAGCGGGGGUAUCCCGUCGGCGGCGGUGUUCGCCGGGCUCACGGCGCUCGUCACGCUCAGGCUCCAGGAUAACCUCCUCACGGGCCUGCUCCCCGACGUGGCCGCCGCGCUGCCUCGCCUCGCGGAGUUCAAUGUCUCUAACAACCAGCUUUCGGGGCGGGUGCCCGACGCCAUGCGCGCCAGGUUCGGCGUUGCCGCCUUCGCCGGCAACGCUGGCCUCUGUGGACCCGCGCUGCCGCUGCCGCCCUGCUCGUUCCUGCCGCGGGAGCCCGCCCCGAUGCCGCCGUCUUCGUCUGUGGUGCCGUCCGUGGUGCCGUCCAACCCGGCCGCGUCCUCCUCCGUCGCCUCGUCCUCGCCGGCGCUGGCCACGCCGGAGUCGCUUGGCGGGGCCCGCAACCGUAAUAAGGGGGGAUUGAGCCCCGGCGCGGUCGCUGGGAUCGCCGUCGGCAACGCCCUCUUCUUCCUCGCCCUGGCGUCGCUGCUCGUCGCGUGCUGCUGCUGCGGCCGAGGCAACGGCGGCGAGCCCGCGGCGGCCAAGAAGAGGAAGAAGCGCGGCCGCGUCGGCCUGGAGGACGGAGGCGGCGCGCUGUUCGGCCACCUCAAGGGGGAGCAGCAGCAGCCGGGUCGUCCGGGCAGCGCCGGCCGGUGCAGCGACGGCGGCGACAGCGACGGGGCGCGCAGCAAGCUGGUGUUCUUCGGCGCGGACGGCGGCGAGGCCGGGGAGGACGAGGACGACGACAGCGACGGCAGCGAUGCCGGCGCGCCGCUGACCUCGCACCUGCAGCAGCAGGGGCGGCGCGGGAGCAGGUUCCAGCUGGAGGAGCUGCUGCGCGCGUCCGCGGAGAUGGUGGGCAGGGGCAGCCUGGGCACCGUGUACCGCGCCGUGCUGGGCGACGGCCGCAUGGUCGCCGUGAAGCGGCUGCGCGACGCCAACCCCUGCGCGCGAGACGAGUUCCACCGCUACAUGGACCUCAUCGGCCGCCUCCGCCACCCGCACCUCGUCCCGCUCAGAGCUUUCUACUACGCCAGGCAGGAGAAGCUCCUCAUCUACGACUACCUCCCCAACGGCAACCUCCACGACCGCCUCCACGGUCACAAGAUGUCGGGCGAGUCGGCGCUGGACUGGACGACGCGGGUGAGGCUGCUGCUGGGCGCGGCGCGCGGGCUGGCGUGCAUCCACCGUGAGUACCGCACGUCGGGGGUGCCCCACGGCAACGUCAAGUCCACCAACGUGCUGAUCGACAAGGACGGCGCGGCACGCGUGGCGGACUUCGGGCUGGCGCUCCUGCUCAGCCCGGCGCACGCCAUCGCCCGCCUCGGAGGCUACAUGGCGCCGGAGCAGGCGGACAACAAGCGGCUGUCGCAGGAGGCCGACGUGUACAGCUUCGGCGUGCUGGUCCUGGAGGCGCUGACGGGCAAGGCGCCGGCGCAGCACCUGCAGCCGGCGGCGCCGGCACCGCCCGACGCGCACAAGAAGGGCGCGGCGGCGGGGGUCACGGCGAUGAGCCUCCCGGAGUGGGUGCGGUCUGUGGUGCGGGAGGAGUGGACGGCGGAGGUGUUCGACGUGGAGCUGCUGCGGUACAGGGACAUCGAGGAGGAGAUGGUGGCGCUGCUGCACGUGGCGCUGGCGAUGGCUUCAACUCCUAUUGAGGGUGGUUUUGUGGCUGCUGCUGAGGUUGUUGUGGCUGAAGCAGCUCCUGCUACUGAUGUUGCAGCUACUGCAGCACCAGCUGCUGGGCCCAUGAGGCCUAACAAGGUGUUCAAGGACAAGGAUGUUAACCUUGUAGCCAAGUGUCUUAAGGACUACAAUGGGGAUGCAGUGAGCCCAACUCAGGACCACCCUAUGGAUGCAGAGUUCCUUAACUAUCCUAUAAGGUUCUACUCUAAGAUGGAGGCCAUAUUUGGGCAUUUUAUGGCCACCGGUAGGUAUGCACUUAGUUCUGGUGAGGCCCUUGUGGUGAAUCAGGCUAAUAGUGCAGCUGCUAAGGUUGAGGGCUCUGCCUUCCACCAUAUCCCUGAGGAGAAGACCAACACUGAGGUUGUGGAGGGCAGCAAGGCCACAGAGCAGCUGCAUUCUACUAUGGGUGGGAAGAGGAAGAGAGGGAACUUUCACUGA